AGCACUUGGGCUUUCAGCUCCUGCCCGGUCACCUCGAUGCUUCAUCUCGAUGCAUGAGAGGCUGGGCCGAGAGUUCCAUCGGCGAGGUGGCCGUGGUCAAAGAGAAUGAGAAAGGCCGUUUUGGCUUCAUCAAGGCGGAGCGUUUCAGCAAGGACCUAUACUUCAAGUUGGAGCAGGUGACCUGCCACGGCGGCCUUGAGCUGCGCCGCGGGGACCAGGUGAGGUUCUGGUGCCGCGAGUGGGGAGAUGUGAGCCAUGUGAGCCAUGUGGAGCUAACGAAGUUGGCAGGUGGAAAAAGGAGGAGGCUUGAUGCACUGCAGCAAAUGGAAGUGUGGAGGGGAAAGCUACAAGGAGGCCAUGAGGAGGAGAGCGAAGCCGUACUUGAGGCUGGCUCCUGCUUGGCGGCGUGGAGGGCAGUCUCGGCCCUUCUGGCAGAAGCCUUGUCCGAGCAGUGGUCGGCCUUGGCUCCUGCUGAUGAGAUGGAGACCGACGAAGCGACCGCCCGCGUUUCCGGGCAGAGCAGCAAGCGUGGGCCGGAGCAUAAGAUCCUGGAGCAGGUCACACACGAGGGGGCGGACCUGCGAGAGAGCAUGCCCUUCAAGGAGAAAACGAUGCCCGUGGAUGAGGUGUUCUUCACCCACGGCCAGGUGAGCCCGCAGUUCCGGAACGGGGGGUCCCUCACGCAGCUCCUGGGCGACCUGCGCCGGGGCCGCCUCUUGCCGCAGACGGACCCGCGCCUGCGCCUGGACGUGGUGAAGCUCGCCAAGGUCCGCUCGGUGAACAACCGCCGCUUGUGGGUGCUGAAGGAAUUCCAGCAGGAGCUGCGCAGACACCGCCCCAAGUCGGACACGGUGAAAGUCGCCGUCCGCCUGCAUCCUUUAUGCAAAGGCACGGCCAAGUUCCUGUCCGAGCUAUGCAAUGCAGCGGCGUGCAGCGAGAAAGAGCAGCCUGAUAUCCACCCUGAGGACAACACCCGCCGCACCCUAUUGAAUAUCAGCUCAGCUGCCCUGGAAGAUGGGGUUGUGUGCAGAUGGGUUCUUGAGUCCCGGGCAGAGGAGCGCAGCAAGGUUCCUGUCAACGACCUGACCUACCUGGGCGCGCCGAAUUCUGUGGGCGUGAAGCGCCGACGCUGCGGGGGGGUGGCAGGUUCCGCAGUUCCGCCCCUCACCAGACAACAGCGUGAGGCUUGUGAGAGGGUGGAGCAAGGGGAGCGAGUUGACGCGGUGCAGUUUGAUGGCAAGCUUUUCGUGGUGGACCGUGAUCUCGGGCAAGCGCUGUAUGCGCGGCAGCAGCAGGGCCGUCAGAUUUGCGCAGAGGUCCGUGUAAUUCCUCUUUGCCCCAUGACCGCCAAAUUCGUCAUGGCCAACAGCAGCAGCAACAACGGCAAGAGCGUGGACAUCAGAGGUACUCUGCAAGCCAACGCAGAAUGGCCACUUGACCGUAUCGUGAUGGUGGUUUUGAGCUUGGCUCUGCGGCUGUCCAACUGCCCUCGCGCCCCGGACAUCUAUGGCGUGCUGGCAUCUUCGCGCCUUUUGGGGGAGCGCUCGGCUCUGAUCUCGGCUAUUCGAUCCAAGAGGCGCUUCGCGAAGCAAGUGCAGGAGCAGGUGUGGCCCUUCAUGCAGCAAGUGAUGAGAAUGCAAGCCUCCAAGUUCAACAUGGCCAUGCCGGUGUGCAAGUUCCUGGCGAACGACCGCCAUGGAAGAGAAGGAGCAGUUGGCUCGGAGCUUCUGGCGCUUCUGGACCGCGCCGCACAGCAACUCGCCGACCAACCAGAUCCAACAAACACUGCAUGGCACUGUUUGCCGGCGACGCCAACUGCAGAGGAGAUCACACGCCUGCAGAUCUUGCCAGAUGGGAAACAGCGAUUUCGAGCACUAGACUUACCAGUGGUGCGACAGGUUGGAAGCUACAGAUCAACCAGCGACUAUUUGGACACCUACUUUAGGCUUUUGCGGGAGGACUGCAUCUCCUCCUUGCGGAAGUCUCUUGCAGAUCUCCGGGAUCGUGGCGAGCAGGCGCAGCAUGCGCAGGAGGAAGGCAACGCUUUCCGGGCCAAGCUGAAGGGCUUCACAGCCGAGAGCCCAGAAGGUGUCGUGGAUAGCCGGGUGAAGGUGGUUCUGAAGAUCUUUCCAUUGUUCAGCUCCCGUCGCUUGAGGAGUGGGAAAUAUUUCAUGCCAGGGAAUUUGGUGGCGUGCGUGUGUGGCGGUGACUUCUCUGUGCCGCUUUGGCUGUUGGCAGCCAAACGCUCCCCGGAUGGCAGAGAGGUGGUCUUGGACAUUUACUCCGAGCACUUGGAGGACGAGGCCUCACUUCUGGCGCGGCUUUGGAGCGCGAGCAGCCUGACGCUGGUGGCGUCCCCCACAUAUUUCCGAUCUUUUGAGCCUGUCCUGAAGGCUUUGAAGACGGCGGAGACAGUGGGGUUGCCUUUUCAGAAGGAGCUGGUGAGGUGCCAAGGAACGAGUGGCUCCUCUUGCCUUCACUUGGCAGAUCGGCCAGUGGACCGCAGUCUCAUCUUCCAGGACCAGGCGCCGUGUGUCACCGAGUCCCAUCAGCUCGUGGGGCUUUCGGACGAGGUGCUCGGGAAGUCCUGGACUUUUGGCACGGAAGCCGCACCAACCGAGAUAGUCGCUGGAAGCUUCCGGUUUGCGAUCUGGUCAGAGCAAGAGUUUGGGGGUGGCUUUGCCUGCCGCAACCACAGCAAUGUGCAGAUUCUGGUGGUUUUUCCGUCGCGAGUCUGCCCGGUUAGGAUUGGACUCGACCGCGCGGUCCCAGCGCAGACGGAGCUUGCGGAGGAGGAAAGCCUUGCGCACCUGUUGAAGCCUGGAGCGAGCAUCGUUGACUUGCCUUUGAACACUGAGAUUGUUUCCUCAACCGGACAGCACGAGCUCCGCUUCCGCAUCGUGGCGCUGCGGGGCAGUGUGCAGCAGCUUCAGCGGGACCUGGGGACUGCCAUCAAACAGCCCGACGGGGCCUUGGCCAAAUCUACGACCUGGGAUGAGAGCCAGCUGCGCGCUGCCCAGCAUGCCCUCCAGUGCCGGCUAGCGCUCAUCCAAGGGCCGCCAGGCACUGGAAAGACUUUUAUCGGUUUCAAGUUGCUGCAGUUGCUGUUGCCACAGUCACGCGCACUGGUUAUGACCUACAAAAACCACGCGCUGGACGACUUCUUGCAACACUGUGUGGAGGCAGGCUACACGGAUCAACUGGCACGCAUUGGCGGACGCAGCAACGAGGAUUCUCAGGAACUGCAGGCCUGCAAUUUGAGGAGCCUCAAAAGGAAGGCUUUGUCGAAGACUCAAAGCCUCGCUGGCACAAUGCAACAACUGGCAUCUCACUCCUCACACGCCAAGGUGGCAGUGAAUGAAGCGAAGCAGAAGAUGCUGGAGGCUCUUCGCAAUUACCGGCAGAGAGGAGUGCACACGGUCGACACUUUCCUUGCUGCAGCGAGCAGCCGCCAGCUCGGGGAUUUGAUCUCCAACUUCUGGACCCAUGGUCAACGACGCCGUGAGCAUCGAGAGAUUGCAGAAGCCUGGGAAGAAGUUGGCCAGGAGAACUGGCCAAACCUAGCUCAGCGAAUGAGAUGGGGCACGAGCUGGGCCUACGAGCGGCUGCGGGGCUUCCUGGAUCAAGCCUUGCUGGCAUCUUGGGCUGCGUGGUAUCCAGACAACAGCAUCAUCAGCCAAGUUGCUGCUUCCUACGUCACUGGCAGAAUGGAGCCCGAUACUGCUGAAGAUGAUUCCGAAAUGUGGAGCCAGCUGAAUGAUUCCGAGCGAGUGCUGAUCCAAACUCAAGCAGAGGCUGACAAGGUGAUCUCCUCAUGCAGUGAGGAUGGUCACGUACGUCAAACGAUCACGAUUCGCCGUGGGGUGACUAUUGAGCAGGGAUGGAUGCUAAGUGCGUGUCAAGAUCCGUCCGGUUCGGGCAUUUCCUUGGGCGACCUGCGAAGCCGGCUUCCUGCAACGCUGGUUUUCGAUGACGAAGCGGAACGGGAGCUCCAGAAUGAGAUGGAGAUGGAGCGCUUGGAAAGCGCAGGCCAUGAGAAUCGGGAUGGGAGACAAGGGAGUGAACCUGACGUCUCAGCUCAUCCUGAGAAUGCGCAGCGCCCCUGCUUGCCACAUCUCCCUGGCAAGAUCCAGUUGGAAAAUAUGGAUGAGCGUCUCCUUUGGUGGCUUGGGCCUGAAGAGCGGGCGCACGUCCUCGUGCAGCAAAUCCUGCAACAAGCGAGCAGGUGCUUCCAGGACCUCCAAAAUGCUGCGACCGCCUUGGCUGCUGCCUGCCGCGACGAGGAAGCCAUGGAUGUGAGCCUCAGUGCAGAAAUUAUGCGUAGCAAGAGAAUCAUCGGCAUGACGGUGACGGGAGCCUCGAUCAACGCCGCCUUGCUCUCGCAGAUCAAGCCAGAUGUUGUGAUUGUGGAAGAGGCAGCCGAGGUUCUGGAGCCACAGAUCAUGGCGGUGUUGGGCCCAUGGGUCAAGCAGCUUAUCCUGAUUGGGGAUGACCGACAGCUGCCGCCACCUGUGGAGACUUACACACUGAAGCAGAAUCACCUGUUUGACACCAGUAUGCUGGAGCGCCUCAUUCUCAACAACCUGCCCAACGUGGAGCUUUGUCGACAGGGCCGCAUGCUGCCAUCUCUGUCAAAGCUGCUGAAACCCAUCUAUCCUCACCUCGAAGACAACAUGAAGGUUGUCGGCAAACUGGCAGGGCCCGCAUGUGUUGAGUCGGAGGUGUUCUUUUGGCACUGUCCGCAUUUCGAGGAGGAGACCCAGAGGAGUAAGGUCAACAAGGCUGAGUGUGAUCGAGCGGUGCAGCUGGUUUGCUUCUUCAUCUCGCAAGGCUACGAGCCAUCCAAGAUCACGGUUCUGGCCGCAUACCAGGCGCAGGCAUCGCUGGUCCACCGCGAGGUGCGGCAAAAGCUGCCCCGUUUUCUUGAAAACACCGGCUGGAAGCACGAGCUGUCGGAGGUACAGGUCUCGAUUGAUAGCAGCCUCCUGAAACGCGGCAACCGGGUUGACGUCACAGAUCGGAUCAUCAGUGAAGGAAGGGUGGUGAGCACGAGCGGAGGAAUGGUGAAAGCAGGAAGAUAUGUGGCCAAAGGCACAAAUGACAACAGCAGAGCAGACGGAAAGGUGCAGAUGGUGCAGGUCCUGCUGCAACCAGAGGAGCUGCAGCCCAACGAGAUGCCGGAGGUGAGCACAAUCGAUAGGUAUCAAGGCGCGGAGAAUGAGAUUGUGAUUAUUUCACUGGUUCGUUCCAACGAGAAGAACAAGCUGGGCUUUCUUGGCACGGAGGAUGGCAAGAAUCGCAUGUGUGUGGCGCAAUCUCGGGCAAAAUGCGGUCUUUACUUCAUUGGGAAUGCCCAGGGCCUGCGCACCUCCGCGCACUGGAAGGAGCUAUUGGACACGCUCCAGGAACGGGCGUGCGUCGGCCAUCAGUUCCCACAGAGGUGUCCGCGACAUCCAGAGGUGAAGAAGUACGCCUUGGAGGCCGCGGAUGUGGGUGUGGUGUGCAAGCAAGUCUGCGGCAAAGCGUUUGGCUGUGGAAACGAUGAUCAUACCUGCAAGCUUCCCUGUCACCCAGACGAGUCGGGAACUCGACACGCACGCGACAAGUGCCAUCAUCUCGUGGACAAGGUCUACAUUUGCAAAGAGUCUCCAGCUCAUGUGUUCAACAAUGUCGAGUGCAGGAUCCGGACAGAAGAGCUUUCAUGCCCAUUCAGGGAAUCUUUGGACUGCCAGCGCUCAGAGCAUAAAGUCAUUAGAAAGUGCGGGGAAGACAAAGAAGUCAUCAUUGCAUCCUGCAAGCAGAAUUGCACAACCCAGCUGGGAUGCGGUCACAUGUGUCCCAAGAAGUGCUGCGAAGACUGCAUUCCUGAGUCCGAAUGCCAAGUGCCCAAAGAGUUUGACUGCCCAGAGUUCCCCCAGCACAAGAGGAUCAAAAGCGCCUGCAGCUCCAGCUCCAAGCAGUUGCUUGCCAAAUGCUGGUCGCGUUGCAGCCGACAGCUGCCCUGCGGUCACUACUGUUCGAAUAGAUGCUGUGAUCCCUGCGUGACUCUUUGCGAGAAGCCUUGCAACCGCAAACUGGAGUGUGAGCAUAAAUGCCAGAUGAAGUGCAAGGAGGCAUGCAAGUGCACUCGUCCCAAGACAGUGUCGUGCGCGAGAACUCAAAAGAGCGAGACGCCUCACCAAGUUCGAGGUGAGUGCUAUGAGGAGGAUGCAUCGAUCGCUGCGCGCUGCCAAGAAGCCUGUGGCAGCCCGCUGUCCUGUGGACACCUUUGCCAGAAGCCAUGUGGCGAAUGCAGAGACUUGCACACAGCCAGUGGGGACUGCAGGCAGCAGUGCGCCAACGUUCUAGAAUGUUGCCACCCAUGCGGACGCCCUUGUCAGCACCAGGAACCAUGUGGACGCGUUUGUCCGAAUUGCGCGACGCCCAAGGCGAAGGCGAUGCCCAAGCCUCAGGUUCACCUCAUGCCGGCGCGCAAGGCCAUGCCGCGCCCGAACGAGGGGAGCCAGGCGAAGUCGCCAAUGUCAGCUACAUCACCCGCGGAUCCAGCAUCGCCGCGAUCGCCAGCAAGCCCGAUAUCGCCACCACACGUUUCAGGGCCAGGUUUGGUCGAGAAGAGUCCGGCUGUAUUGGUCUCUGAGCGCGAACGCGCACAUCACGCAGGUUCUUUCAGAGGCCGCGACAGUCGGCGAGAUAGCGACAUGCCUUCGAAGCGGCGCGGCCCCGAUGGCCGCGACUCGCGGCCGCCUUUAAAGCGGCGCAGAUGACCGUGCGGGUCAACUGGUUGUGUUUCGACCUGCUGGGGGUGACUUUGUGACGAUGAAUGUUUUUUUGGGG